AUGUCAAGCAGUCUGGCAGAUGAACUAGCUGCGGAUCUUUUAGAAGAUCAGACUCAGGGCGGAAACAUUGAGAAAGAUGAGUCAGUCUCUUCUAUGUUUCAUAUUAGCGACGCGUCGAUGCGCGAUGCAAGUGGUGCCCAUGCACACGGCGCAAGUCAGCCUCCAGAUGAGCUCAAUCAGGCACAGCUAGACGCUUGGGACGUCGGUCAAAGUUCCAUAUCCGAUGUAUCGUCUAUUUCGAAAUUGUAUGGGAAGUAA